AUGGUGUUAUCCUUCAACAGCACCGGGACACAGGUGACAGAAUUUCUGAUGAUCUGCUUUCCAGGAAUGCAGGACACACAGCACUGGUUAUCACUCAUCCUGGCUCCUCUCCUUAUUUUGGCUCUUGGGGCCAACUUUGUGUUAUUGUUCACCAUCCUUAAUGAGACAUCUCUGCAUGAGCCCAUGUACUACCUGCUUGUCUUGCUCUCUGUGCUUGACGUCAUCCUCUGCCUCACAGUCAUUCCCAAGGUCCUGCUCAUCUUCUGGUUUGACAUGAAGCCCAUCAGCUUUGUGGGCUGCUUCCUGCAGAUGUUCAUCAUGAAUACCUUCCUUCCUAUGGAAUCCUCCACCUUUCUAGUCAUGGCCUACGAUCGCUAUGUGGCCAUCUGCCACCCUCUGCGUUACCCAUCCAUCAUCACAGAACAGUUUGUCAUUAAUGCAACCAUUUUCAUUGUCAUUCGCAAUCUUUUAGCCACGCUGCCCACUCCAGUCCUGGCUGCUAGACUCAAUUACUGCUCCAGCAAUGUGGUAGAGAACUGUAUAUGUGCCAAUAUUUCUGUAGCAAAGCUCUCCUGUGGGGAUAUCCACCUAAAUAAGUUUUAUCAGUUUGUGAGUGUUUGGUGCCUACUAGGUUCUGACCUGGUGCUCAUCCUGCUGUCUUACUGCUUUAUCCUCAGGGUUGUUAUGCAUCGGCAAUCAGGAGGUGCAGUUACUAAGGCCUUGAGUACUUGCGGUUCACAUCUCAUCCUAAUACUUUUCUUCUAUACACUGCUGCUAGUCUUCAUAUUCACAAACAAGGCAGGAAAGAAGAUACCCUCAGAGGUCCCUAUUCUUCUCAAUGUCCUGCAUCAUCUCAUCCCACCAGCCCUCAACCCCAUUGUGUAUGGAGUACGGACCCAGGAAAUCAAACAGGGGAUUAUCAAACUAUUCAAGCACCAGUUCUGA